AUGGUUAAAGAAGAUUCAUUUGCUAGAAAUAAUAAACAAUGGAAUGCUCGAACAGCUUGUAUUGUCCCACAUGAUAAUAUUUAUUAUGGAAAAUGCUUAAUUGGAGGUGCUCUUGCAUGUGGUUCAACACACCUUCUUAUAACACCUCUUGAUGUAACAAAAUGUAACAUGCAGGUAGAUCCAAUGAAAUACAGAAAUUUAAUUGGGAGUCUGAAAACAAUAAUACAUGAAGAAGGUAGUCGAGCUAUAUGGAAAGGAUGGGAACCUACUGUAUUGGGUUAUUCUCCUCAAGGUGCUCUUAAAUUUGGUCUUUAUGAAGUUUUUAAAGAUGCGUUAUCAAAUCUAGUUGGCUAUGAAAAUUCUCAAAAAUAUCGUGAAUUAAUUUGGUUGAGUGGUGCGGCAGCAUCAGAAUUCUGUGGUUGUCUUGCAUUAUGUCCUAUGGAAAUGAUAAAAGUUAAAGUUCAAACAAGUGUACCAGGUACAUUUCCUACAGCGUUGGUACCAGCGACUAUUGAAAUGAAUAAUAAUAGAAACGUAACAAGAUUUCCAUAUGGAUCUAUUGUACCAUUAUGGUCAAGACAAAUUCCAUAUACUGUGACGAAAUUUUACUUUUUCGAAAAGGCUGUUCAACUACUUUAUACUCAUGUAUUUACAGAACCAAAAACAAGUUACUCGAAAACAACACAAUUAGGAAUAACAUUUACUGCAGGUUAUGCAGCUGGAAUUGUUUGUGCUAUUGUAUCUCAUCCAGGUGAUUCAAUUGUUUCAUUGAUGGCUAAACCAAAUUAUAGAGGAAAAUCAAUUAAAGAAAUAACUCGAGAUUUUGGUCUGCUUAAUUUAUGUACGAAGGGUCUUGGAACAAGAAUUAUUAUGAUUGGAACAAUAGCUGCUCUUCAAUGGUGGAUUUAUGAUACAUUUAAAGCAGCUAUGGGGAUGGGUACAACUGGUGGAAAAUAG